AUGGCGGCGACAUCUUCUUCUUCUUCUUCCAAGAUGCAGCUGUUCUCAGUGGACGACGUCGCAAAGCACAACACCGCGACCGACUGUUGGCUCAUCCACCGUGGCAACGUGUACAAUGUCACCGAUUUCGUCGAGGAUCACCCGGGUGGAGAUGACCUCAUCAUCAAGUACGCCGGCAAGGACAUGGGCGAGAUCAUGGACGAUCCGCAGGAGCACUCUCACUCGGAUUCUGCCUACGAGUUGCUCGACGAGUACAUCAUUGGUCGUCUGCCUGCCACCGAUGCUGAGAAGCACGCACUCCAGCAGCGCACUGCCCAGGGUGGCUACUCGGGCAAGGAUGACUCGAUCGUCAUCACCGAAGACUUUCAUCCCGAGGAGACCGACUUUUCGUCCGACUACAAGGCGCACAAAUUCCUCGACCUCAACAAGCCGCUCAUGCCUCAGAUGCUGCGUGCCAACUUUUCCAAGCAGUUUUACCUCGAGCAGGUGCAUUCGCCGCGCCACUUGAAGCACCCCGCACGCUUCUUUGACCAGGACUAUCUCGAAGUCUUCACGCGCACGCCGUGGUACGUCGUACCCAUGGUCUGGCUUCCGAUCGCUUCCAUCAUCUUUUUCCGCUCCAUCACCCAAUUCGCUUCGAAUCUAGCGAGCACGCCGCUCAACGCCACCAACUGGUACGAAGCUGCUACCAAGCCUACGCAAUUUGACGCUUCCGUGUGGUCGAUCGCCGUGACCCAGACUGCCAUCUGCUGGGCAAUCGGUGUCGUCAUCUGGACGUUGCUCGAGUAUACGAUUCACCGCUUCCUCUUCCACAUCGACAACAUCCUUCCGGACAAGCCCGCGUUCCUCACGCUCCACUUCCUCCUUCACGGCGUCCACCACUUCCUGCCCAUGGACAGGCUUCGACUCGUCAUGCCUCCGCUGCUCUUCCUCGUGCUCAGCUACCCGUUUACCCAACUCGCACAUACCUUGUUCCCACACGCCAUCGCCAACGGCAUCAUCAGCGGCUCCUUCUCCAUGUACGUCGUCUACGACUGCAUGCAUUACGCCCUCCACCACACAAAACUCCCAGAGUACAUGAGGGAGAUGAAAAAGUACCACCUCGAACACCACUACAAAAACUUCGAGCUCGGCUUCGGUGUCACUUCCAAGGUCUGGGAUUACGUCUUUGGCACCCAGCUCUAA